UCUCCCACUUCCACCUCCGUUUCCAUCUACGAUCCAGCACAAUGGCCGGCGCUUUCACUACCACUCUCUACCGGAGUCUGUUCCAGCGCAACGCUGUCUACUUGACUGCCAUCUUCACCAGUGCCUUCGCUUUCGAGCUGGCCUUCGACACCGCUUCCAACCGCGUCUGGGACUCUUUCAACCGCGGCCGUCAAUGGAAGGAUAUCAAGCACCGCUACAUCAACCAGGCCGACGACGAGGAUGACGAGUAAAUUAUGACGAUCCUAUCGAGUGUUUUGUGCCGCAUUUACCUGAUGGUGGUGGUGGUAGUGGUGGUGGGAUAGACCAAGUGCUGGAGGGUAGAGAUAUCCAUUCCCAUGUUAUUUUACCGAGAUCGGAGGAAAGAGGGGAAUCGGGAUCCUCCACGGUGUUUCUUGUACGAGAUAGUCCUUUAUUUUUUGAUCUGGAAGAAUGAGCUGUACUAUUGCGUGCAUUUCCCUUACUCCGACGCUGCCCGGUAUCAGAUUGACAUUGAAAGGGAGACUGCGGUC